UCUCACAAGCACACGCUAAUGGUAUGAGGUAUGAGCUUCGUUUAUACAUUCUUUAAAAUAGCGUGGUGUCCCAGUUUUCUUUUAAUCGGAAAUUUUUUUCUGAGAUUACAGCCCAGUACUUAAUAAGUAUUGGUAAGUAGCCAAUGGCCCAUCAAUAUUUGGACCAAACUUCUGCUAUAUUAAAAGACGAUAAAGGUUACUACGUUCCAGCUACUCAGCGUCCUGACGGUACUUGGCGUAAAGAACGACGACUGAAGGAAAACUAUAUUCCUCAAGACGAAGUUGCGCUAUACGAAUCCAAAGGAAAGAAAUUUGCUUCUAACAAGCCUAAACUUCCACCCGGUGUACCAAUACCAUCUGAUUCUUCAAACAAACAGCGAUCCAAUAAAAACGUUUUAACAGAAAAACAGCAACCCAAACAAGAAAAAGUCAAUAUGCCGGUUGCUGUGGUACAAAAACAAAAAGAACAAACCAAGCCCGAGAAAAAACCUGAUGAAGAACCAGGAACAGACCCUGUAAAAAGAGUGAGAAACUUGAAAAAAAAAUUAAAAAACAUAGAAGAGUUGGAGGUUAAAGUUGUAGAAGGAGCUUCUAUUGAUAGUGAUCAACGAAAAAAAAUAGCUAAGAAAAACUUAGUUAUAAAAGAAAUUGCUACUUUGGAAGCAGUAAUUAAACUUCUUUAUCCUGAACCUCUUAAAGAAGCUAAAAAAGACAAUAAGAAGGAUAAAAAAAGUAAUCAGAAGGAUGCCAAAAAACAACAACCUGUUAAAGAAGUUAAAAAAGAAACUAAAGCAAAUAAGGCGAAUGAUAACAAAUCUGUACCAACAUUGGCCAACACUAAUCAGGCUAAAAAAUCUGAUAAAAAGCCUGUUCCAGUUCAGCAGAAUACUAAUGCAACAACCAAAAAGACUGAGAAGAAUGUUAAAGCUGAGGUUAAACCUAAAGGAAAGCCUGCUCCUGCUCCUGUUGUUGAGAUUUCAGUCGAAGCAGCUAAAAGAAUAAGAAACUUAAAAAAAAAAUUGAAAACAAUUGAUGAACUAGAACUUAAAGUUGCCCAAGGACUAAAAAUUGAUAAUGACCAGAGAAAGAAAAUAGCAAAAAAAGCUGAAGUAUUAGCUGAAAUCCGCACUCUUGAAAGUGGCAAGUAAUAGCUUGAAUAAUAUAAAAGUAUUAAAGAGAUUUAUCAUUUAUUGUCUGUUGAUAUUUAUGAAUAAAACAAUAUUAAAUUGAUUUCAAACCAAGAAUGUAAUAUUAUUGUUUUGAACUUGAAAAGUAUUUACUUUUAAUCAGUGUUUAUUCUUUUUUUCAAGUAUGUUCAUCAAAAUUAUCAUGAUUGGCUUGUAUCAAUUAAAUAAAAUUUACGUUUCAUAA